CCCGCGGGGCGGGCCCGCAUCGCCACCUCCCCGGCCAAGGCGGCGGCAGCCAUUUUGUGGAGGAGGGGGCUAGCGGGGCUCCGCCUGCGGGGCGGGCCCGCACCGCCGCCUCCCGCCGGGGCCGGGCGCCGCCAUGGCGGAGUGGGGCCGAGGUCAGAGUCCAAGCGCUGUGGAGGAUAUGUUAGAUGCUGAGAACAAGCGUAUGGCAGACAAUCUAGCCAGCAAGGUCACCAGGCUGAAAUCGCUGGCUCUGGAUAUUGACAAAGAUGCUGGUGAACAAAACCAUUACCUGGAUGGCAUGGAUUCAGAUUUUAUGAGUGUGACUGGCCUGCUGACCGGCAGUGUGAAGCGUUUCUCCACCAUGGCACGGUCAGGGAGGGAUAAUCGCAAGUUACUCUGUUACGUUUCUGCAGGACUGAUUGUUGUCUUCUUCAUCCUCUACUAUCUUGUGUCAAAAGCGGGGACUUGAGCGUGGUUUUCGUGCCAGAAAUUUUACAGACCAAAAAUCAUGUGGUGAUUGAUGGACUUACUGAAAGCCUUUUUCAGUCUGCCCUGUAGUGGAGUCUUUGAGACAUUCCAAACAGUCCAAAUAACUUUUCUGUUCCCCACCUUACUGUCAUUGAUCUGGCUGGUAUUGGACAUCUCUAUAAAAUGAGUCUGUUUCAUUCUAAACUGAUUUUCACGUGUAAAAUGAUUUUGAUGUUGUCAAUGCUUAAGCUUUCAUCUCUUGCCUUGUUGUUCAUGUCCUUCAGCCUAUUUUCGUGGGCACUUUUGUGUUACCUAUGUUGCUGAUACUCCUUACUAGGCUUGUGAAGAGUUGUGUCAGACAAAAUCCAGAGACUUAUCAGUGCUCACAAGUUUAAUAAAAGAGCAGAAGUCCAGAAGCUGUAGAGUUUAGGAUGCUGAUUUAUGAGAUUUGGAGGUAUGAACUUGACUUUUAUUCCAGCUUAGGCACUCGGCUUAUACACGGUCUCAGUUUCACCUUGACUUGGAGGCACGUUAAUAUUGUUGGUGUUGCUGGAUUGGAAUUAAGUUUGUACAGCUUUGAAAUUAAAUCAACACUAGAUCUGGAGCCUGAUACACUAUAAUUGCUGCAGUGACAAGUUGCAGAAGAGCAAGGCUUUGAGUGAUAGCUUGGCUUUAUUUAUUAUCCUUCUAGGUGACAUUGAGUGUGGACACUGCAGGAAAAGAAGGGCUAAAGUCCAUAAGUUACUGUUAUUUGCACGUGUGUAGCAUCUUUCCACACACUUGAAAAUACACUCCCUUAGACACUUAAAACUGUAUAAAAGCUCUCAUAUCAACUUUCCCUCCAAUCUUCUUAAGAUCAUUUGCUUCAGGCCUCAUACAGUUCAUCAUAAUUAUUACCGUAUCCCUGUGUUGCAGUCCUUUAGAAAGACAUUGUGCAAAUAAAAAUAGAGGUUGUGGGCAAGUUAAGCUCCUGAACCCCCUCUUGUUGAGGUAGUGGUUGGAGGACAGGGAAGGAUUUGAUCUGAGGGUUGGCUGAUUUAUUUAUUUAAGUAGGUGGUAACCUAAGAAACUCUAACCUGCUGUCCUGUCCAUACUACUUCUGGGAUCCCUGCCUGAAAUGUUUGUGUGAGGUGUUGGGAAAGCACAUCGAUACAAGUUUUAUUUAUAAAGCAGUCAUUCUCAAUGAACAUGCAGUGCACACCAGAUUUCCUCUCCUGAGGCAGUGCAUGUAACUCUGUGUCUCAAAAGGCUGAGAGUACAGCAGCUGGGAACUCCAAUUUCCUUCACCCUUCUUUCCUUUCACUGGGCUGAUCAGCCUCUUACUUAUGUCACUACCCCAUCUGUAUUCUUCUGUAGCUGAUGUAAGUCUAAUUAUAGUAAAAGAUCUGUAACUUUCAAAAAAUAGUGUGCCUGCUGAAAGAAGAAACAACUAAAACCCAGCUCUUUCUGUUUUCAGAGGGAACCCUCACUACCUAUUAUAUAAACCUUUUACUAUAUAUACAAAGCAGCUGUACAAAGGUACCGUGUUUCAUAUAGUCCGUUUUCUGUACCAAGUGCUGAUGUGUUCUGGUUUUCCUUGUUGGAAUUCUUUGCUUAUUUUGUUCUCUUAUCCUCCUGUAACAACUACCUCUCCAGGACUAAAGUCUUUCUCUUUUACAGUCUUUCUUUCCAACAAGUCUAUAUUCAUCAAUCCCUGUAUGUUUCAUUUGGCCUUGACAUUGUAUCUUUAGGAAUUCCUUCCUGCUUGGACUAAACUGGGUCAAUAUCUAAACAGACUGUGCUGUUCUUUGCUUAAACUGUACAGAACUUUUAACAAAGUAGUUCCAUGAUUUGAUUGUGUGUCUUUUUUCCAAGCUUGGGGAAGAAGGUGCUGUGAAGGUGAAUAGGAAAGGAGGCAGCAAUGACUUUCUCUGGUUCUUGUUUCCACUUCUCUGGUAAGGUGCGGCAGUUCCAAACUCUUUUUACACUUGGAAGAAUGAUGGGUGAAUCGCUGGACUCUGUUUUGAUUUUCUGAAGUGGAUCACUUCUGCCGAAAGGCCCCUAAAACAGCCUGGUCUUCAUAGUAGUGGCGGUUUUGGUUUGCUUUUUAUGUUGUAAAUAAAAUUAUGUUUUUAGAAUA